GGGGCGGGGCGAAAUGGCGGCGGAAGGCGCUGCCCGGCCGCGGCGUCAUGUGACGAGGCGGCAAGAUGGCUGCCUUCCCGUGGCAUGCAAGAUCAAGGAACUAUGUUUCAGAAUCUGAAGUGUGCAAACUGGAAUCUGUACCCUUGGAUUUUGGUGAUUACCAUCCGCUCAAACCCAUUACAGUUACUGAAUCUAAGACCAAGAAAAUGAACCGGAAAGGAAGUACUUCUUCUACCUCCUCUUCUUCUUCUAGUUCUAUGAUGGAUCCGUUGAGCAGUGUAUUGGAUGGCACCGAUCCCUUGUCAUUAUUUGCAGCAGCUGCAGAUCCUGUGGCAACUACGGCUACCAUGGAUAGUACACGAAAGAAACGGGAUAAAGAUGACAGCUCAGCAGUAGGAAAUGACUUUGAACCAUGGUCAAGCAAACGUGGUGAAAUCCUUGCUAGAUACACAACAACAGAGAAGCUCUCUAUUAAUCUGUACGUGGGAUCUGAAAAAGGAAAAGCUACAACUACUGGCUCAGCAGUUUCUGAAAAAGUGAGGACAAGGUUAGAAGAACUGGAUGAUCUGGAAGAGGGGUCACAGAAAGAGCUGUUGAAUUUGACUCAGCAGGAUUACAUGAACCGAAUUGAAGAGCUGAACCAGUCUUUGAAGGAUGCUUGGUCCUCUGAUCAGAAAGUAAAAGCCCUGAAAAUAGUCAUCCAGUGUUCUAAGCUUCUUUCGGACACAACAGUAAUCCAGUUUUAUCCAAGUAAAUUUGUUUUAAUUACAGAUAUCCUUGAUACUUUUGGGAAACUAGUGUAUGAAAGAAUUCUGACAAUGUGCGUGGACAGUCGUGUCUCUUUGCCAGAUAAUUUUUCUCCAGAGAGUGUUAACGAUACGGCUAAAGAAACUUGCUUAAACUGGUUUUUCAAGAUUGCUUCUAUUAGAGAACUCAUUCCCAGAUUCUAUGUGGAAGCAGCAAUACUGAAGUGCAAUAAGUUCUUAUCCAAAAUGGGGAUUUCGGAAUGUCUCCCACGGUUAACGUCUAUGAUUAGAGGAAUCGGAGACCCACUGGUUGCAGUCUAUGCAAGAGCAUACCUUUGCAGGGUUGGGAUGGAGGUGGCACCACAGCUCAAAGGAAGCCUUAACAAAAAUUUCUUUGACUUUCUUCUAACAUUCAAACAAAUUCAUGGGGAUACUGUUCAGAAUCAGCUGGUAGUACAGUGUGUGGAGAUUCCUUUGUAUUUGACUCUAUAUUCUCCUGCUAUAGACUGGAUUUUACAGUGUAUUGCGUACCGUGCUCCUGAAGUUCUGCUUACUGAGAUGAUGGAGAGAUGUAAAAAAUUGGGGAACAAUGCUUUGCUGUUGAAUUCAGUAAUGUCAGCAUUCAGAGCAGAGUUUAUUGCUGCAAGAUCUAUGGACUUCAUUGGCAUGAUUAAGGAGUGUGAUGAAUCUGGAUUCCCAAAGCAUCUCCUCUUUCGCUCCUUGGGAUUAAACUUGGCAUUGGCUGAUCCUCCUGAAAAUGAUCGCCUUCAAAUAUUAAAUGAAGCCUGGAAGGUUAUAACAAAGCUGAAGAACCCACAGGAUUAUAUCAACUGUGCUGAAGUGUGGGUGGAGUAUACAUGCAGACAUUUUACGAAGCGGGAGGUCAAUACAGUUUUGGCUGAUGUUAUCAAACACAUGACUCCUGAUCGAGCAUUUGAAGAUGCUUACCCACAGCUGCAGUCAAUUAUUCAGAAAGUUAUUACAUAUAUCUAUGACUUCUCUCUGCUUUUUUCAGUGGAGAAAUUCUUGCCGUUUCUGGAUAUGUUCCAGAAGGAAAGUGUGAGAGUGGAGGUUUGCAAGUGCAUUAUGGAAUCUUUUAUUAAGCAUCAGCAGGAAUCUACAAAGGAUCCUGUUAUACUGAAUGCUCUUCUGCAUAUCUGCAAGACGAUGCAUGAUUCUGUGAAUGCUUUAACACUUGAGGAUGAGAAAAGAAUGUUAGCAGCUUUGAUAAAUGGAUUCAUAAAAAUGGUUUCAUUUGGCCGUGACUUUGAACAACAGCUGAGUUUCUAUGUUGAAGCCAGGUCAAUGUUUUGCAAUCUGGAGCCUGUUCUCAUCCAGUUGAUUCAUUCUGUGAACCAACUAGCAAUGGAAACAAGAAAGGUGAUGAAAGGAAGUCAUUCCAGAAAGACUGCUGCGUUUGUCAGGGCUUGUGUUGCCUUCUGCUUCAUUACAAUUCCAUCUCUGAGCAGUAUCUUCACACGUCUUAAUCUGUAUCUACACUCCGGACAGGUUGCUUUGGCAAAUCAGUGCCUUUCACAAGCUGAUGCUUUUUUCAAAGCUGCAGUGAGCCUUGUUCCUGAAGUGCCAAAAAUGAUCAGUGUAGAUGGAAAGAUGCGACCUUCUGAUGCCUUCCUCCUGGAAUUCCUUUGUAAUUUUUUUUCCACAUUAUUAGUUGUUCCGGACCAUCCAGAACAAGGAGUGUUGUUUCUUGUGCGAGGAUUACUAAAUGUGAUCCAGGAUUAUACUUGGGAGGAUAACAGCGAUGACAAAGUCAGGAUUUAUACUAAUGUUUUGCAUCUGCUGUCUGCAAUGACUCAAGAAGCAUAUAUCUACCAUGUAGAUAAAGUUGAUUCCAAUGAUACACUGUAUGGUGGAGACUCCAAGUUCCUGGCUGAAAUUAAUAAACUGUGUGAAACAGUGAUAGCACAGAUCCUGGAUCAUCUGAAAACCCUUGGAAAAGAUGAGACCCUAAAGCGACAGAGUCAGUUGGCAUUCUAUUUCUUUAACACUAUUCUAGCUCAUGGGGAUCUACGAAACAACAAACUAAACCAGCUUUCAGUCAGUCUCUGGAAUCUUGCUCAGAAACAUGGCUUUGCUGAUACCAAGACUAUGGUGAAAACGCUAGAAUACAUCAAGAGGCAAAGCAAACAACCUGAAAUGAGUCACUUCACAGACUUGGCCAUUCGGCUUCCUCUGCAGUCCAGGACCUGAUGAAUGCCUCUUUUCCAAGGAGUCAUCAGUACAAGAAAGCAUUUAGCUGAGGCUAAAAAUCACUGAUCUAGGUUUUGGCUGGAGGGGUUCAGUGUAUUUUUAUUUUACUUAGUGCGACAGAUUUACUUGGACACGGGUAAAAGUAAAACUGCUCUCAGUGCAAUAAUUUAACCUGAGUUUCUGUUUCCAGUUUUACCACUAUGUUCUUAUUUUAAAUCAUGAUUCAGAUUCAGUAAAGGGUACUUUGAACCUCUGUUGUUGUGAAAACCUUUCAAAAUCUAAUCUGUUGUCCUUUUAGCAACAAAGGAAGAAGAUAA